CAGGGUUGGGGGUCUCGGGCGUGUCUUUCGGGUCGCAUCACGAAUGAGUGUCCGGGGAUUCCCAUGCAGAAAUGGAGGGUGCCCCCAGCAGAGGGGAAUUCUGGCGUGGGAAGGGGUGGCGGUGUGCCCACAGCUGCGCUCGCGGGUCUCCGGCUGCACCAGGCACAGCUGGAAAGCACCUUGCGCAAGGCUCUCACGGGGUGCAGACUCGCGACUCCUCCCCCUUCCUCCUCCUUCCCGGAUCCGCAGCGCCAGGGCAGUGCUGGUCUGGGCAGUGCGCGGGGAAGCAGGGACCCGCUGUCACUGAGCCUCCCGUCGCCGACGCCGCUGGGACGGCCUCACUCUACCUGCCGGAUACCCGACUCUCCAGAAAGUGCAACAGUAAUGGAGUACAUGAGCACUGGAAGUGACAAUAAAGAAGAGAUUGAUUUAUUAAUUAAACACUUAAAUGUGUCUGAUGUAAUAGACAUUAUGGAAAACCUUUAUGCAAGUGAAGAGCCAGCAGUUUAUGAGCCCAGUCUAAUGACCGUGUGUCAAGACGGCAAUCAAAAUGAUGAGCUUUCUGAGUCUCUGCUGCUUAGUGGCAAAGAGGUCCCAUGGUUGUCAUCAGUCAGAUAUGGAACCGUGGAGGAUUUGCUUGCUUUUGCAAACCACAUAUCCAACACUGCAAAGCGUUUUUAUGGACAGCGGCCACAAGAAUCUGGAAUUUUAUUAAACAUGGUCAUCACUCCCCAAAAUGGACGUUACCAAAUAGAUUCUGAUGUUCUCCUGAUCCCUUGGAAACUGACUUACAGGAAUAUUGGUUCUGAUUUUAUUCCUCGGGGAGCCUUUGGAAAGGUAUACUUGGCACAAGAUAUAAAGACAAAGAAAAGAAUGGCGUGUAAACUGGUAUGUGUUUUCUUGACUUAUGAGUAUAUAAAACAUUUUAUCUUAAAAAAAUUUCCUCUUAUUUUAGCUAGCAACAUUGUUUUCAUGUCCACAAAAGCUGUUUUGGUGGAUUUUGGCCUAAGUGUUCAAAUGACUGAAGAUGUCUAUUUUCCCAAGGACCUCCGAGGAACCGAGAUUUACAUGAGUCCAGAGGUCAUCCUAUGCAGGGGCCAUUCAACAAAAGCAGACAUCUACAGCCUGGGGGCCACGCUCAUCCACAUGCAGACGGGCACCCCGCCCUGGGUGAAGCGCUACCCUCGCUCAGCCUAUCCCUCCUACCUGUACAUAAUCCACAAGCAAGCGCCUCCACUGGAAGACAUCGCAGAUGACUGUAGUCCGGGGAUGAGAGAGCUGAUAGAAGCUGCCCUGGAGAGAAACCCCAAUCACCGCCCAAGAGCCGGAGACCUGCUGAAACACGAGGCCCUGAACCCGCCCAGAGAGGAUCAGCCGCGCUGUCAGAGUCUGGACUCUGCCCUCUUUGAGCGCAAGAGGCUGCUGAGUAGGAAGGAGCUGGAACUUCCUGAGAACAUUGCCGAUUCCUCAUGCACGGGAAGCACCGAGGAGUCUGAGAUGCUCAAGAGACAGCGCUCUCUCUACAUAGACCUCGGCGCUCUGGCCGGCUACUUCAAUCUUGUUCGCGGGCCACCAACGCUUGAGUAUGGCUGAAGGACGACAUGUUUCUCUAAAUUAAGACAGCAUUUAUCUCCUGGAGGCUGGUUCUGCCACCUCCACACAGGGACCCUGUAUAGUGAAUUGCACCAUUUUUGAAGGAGCAGUGUCACCUCCCAUGACCCACGAAUGUACCUCCAAGUGGCCCCUGUGUGUUUGACUCGUGAAGCCAUCUGGUGUGCACCAGGCCUCAAGGUUCUCAUUUCUCAGGUGAUGUGAUUCCAAGGAAGGAGUUUGAGCGUUCACAGAAGGAUCGUGUCUGCUGACUGCUUCAUUCACUGUGCACUUUGCUCAAAAUUGUAAAAAUACCAGUCACAAGGAUAAUAGGGUCCCUGAAAAUCACUGUUCUCGGUUCUUAUUUAAGUAUGGAAUCUUCAUUUUACUCGGAAUAGUUGUGUUGUGUAUAUUGAUGUAUAUAACUCUUUGAGUCUUUAUUGGUAAAUUCUAGUAUACAUUGAAUUUAUUAUAAUUUGGGUGAUAGAACAACUUGAAUAUUGUAGCAAUAAGCUGGACUAGUGUCUUAAAAAUGGCUAAGUGAUGAAUUAGAAGCCAUCUGAGAGCAGGCCACUAGUGAGAGUUUCUUUUGUGUUCCUAUGGAAACAUUGUGUACUGUACAUGCUAUGCUUAAGACAUUCAAAACAUGUUGUUCUGAAUGUGGAUAAAAACUGUGUAAACCACAUUAUUUUGGUACAUCCCAAAGGAUGAGAAUGUGACCUUUAAGAAAAAUGAAAACUUUUGUAAAUUAUUGAUGAUGCUCCUUUUGUAAUUCUUCUGACUCAAUUUUCUUUCAAGCAUUUGUACAUUAAAAUAGCAUACUAUGUAUGUGUUAUAUCAAAUGCCUUCAUGAAUCUCUCAUAUAUAUACUUGUAACAGUGUAAAGUAUGCAAGUAGUUUUACUUAAAGUAUGUUUUUAUAUUAUGCAAAUAAAACCCUUUUGUCCAAUGUGAUUGGUCAAAUCAACUGAAUAAAUUCGGUAUUUUGCCUUA